GCCGACAGGACCAGAGAUGAGUCGAGAGCUUUGCGGAUCACAGACAGACUUUUAAAGAUCUUUGUUGGAGAAUAAUAAAGAAACGGACGUGAACGAUUGUUCAUUGCAUCUUAUUGACUUCAUGCAGAAAUGACCUGUGUCCACCCCCAGCAUGGAACUCAGCCAUAUGAGAACACCAUCUGCAGUUCAGAGCUUCAGAAUGCGGACUUGAUGUCUAGUUUGGCCAUGGAUAUGAACAGCCCGCAGGACCAUCUCUCCGCUCCAUCCCUGCCCAGCAUCGGUUCCCUGGUGGGCACUUACACAGGGGAAUUUGACACUUAUUCAUGUCAGGUUACUGCAGCCUCUGCCCCUGCCCCCACCGGUUCAUCAUCCGGCCAGGAGUCCCCAUUCAAGGUAGACGACUUCCAGGUUUACGGUUGCUACCCCGGCUCAUUCACGCUGAGCUAUCUGGAUGAAGCCCUGUCCUCUGGUGGAUCGGAUUAUUUUGGCAGUCCUGCCUCCGCGUCAUCUCCCUCUGCCCUUGGCUUCCAGAGUCACUCAACAUCUGCAUGGGAUUCAGCCUUUGGUCCCUACUCUCCCACAGCAGGAUACUGGGCAGCUGAUAAGACCUCAGCACCACACCCACCCUCUUUCUUCACCUUUGGCUCAGCGUCUGUGGAGGAUAUGUCUCCACUGGGCCAGUCCCAGUUAGCAGAGCAGGAUCCCUUUACUUUGACCCAGCAGCAUGCAUUGCCCCUGACCUUUGCCCCCUUGGGACUGGAGCAAACGGGCACCUUGGAUGGUGUUGAUCAGCUAGAAGACAACCUAUCACCCAAAACAAAAAGUCCCGGUGGAAAUGAGGGACGCUGUGCUGUGUGUGGGGACAAUGCCUCCUGUCAGCACUAUGGGGUUCGCACCUGUGAGGGAUGCAAAGGGUUUUUUAAGCGUACGGUACAAAAGAAUUCCAAGUAUGUUUGCCUUGCCAACAAGGAUUGUCCCGUGGACAAGCGGCGACGGAAUCGGUGCCAGUUCUGCCGUUUCCAGAAGUGCCUUGCUGUGGGCAUGGUGAAGGAGGUUGUAAGAACAGACAGCCUUAAGGGGAGAAGAGGUCGUUUGCCUUCUAAGCCCAAGGUCAUCCAGGACCAGAUGACAACGGUAUCUCCAGUGAGCAUGAUAGCUUCUCUUGUGAGAGCACAUAUCGACUCAAACCCGGGCCUUGGCAAACUGGAUUACUCUAAAUACCAGGACACAGUUUCCAACCUGUCACAGAAAGAGGACGCUGAUGACAUCAAACAAUUUUAUGACCUCCUCACUGCCUCUUUGGAAGUUAUCAGGAAAUGGGCAACGAGCGUCCCAGGAUUCUCUGAGUUCUGCCCAGAGGACCAGGACCUUCUGCUGGAAUCUGCAUUUGUCGAAUUAUUCAUCCUGAGGCUUGCAUACAGGUCCAAUCCAGACACGGACAAGCUCAUCUUCUGUAAUGGUGCUGUGCUUCACAAGAUGCAAUGUGUCAGAGGUUUUGGAGACUGGAUUGACUCCAUCAUGGAGUUUUCUCAAAGCCUCCAUCGCAUGAAGCUGGACGUUUCUUCCUUUUCCUGCCUCACGACUCUGGUCAUGAUCACUGACCGCCAUGGUCUCAAAGAGCCCAAGCGUGUGGAGGACAUGCAGAACCAACUUAUCACCUGCCUUAAAGAUCACGUCUCAGGCUGCGCGUCUGACUCUUUGCGGCCCAAUUACUUGUCCAGACUACUUGGGAAGCUGCCUGAACUUAGGACACUAUGCACACAGGGCUUCCAGCGAAUUUUUUACCUCAAAUUGGAAGAUCUUGUUCCACCGCCACCCAUAGUGGAAAAGAUUUUCAUGGACACACUUCCUUUUUGAGAGAGGGGGACUGAUCCACUGUGAAUCUGGAGCACAUGCGAACAGGACAAAAGGACUGAACACUUAUAUCUCAAGUGGUACAAAAAAAGAUACUGAAAGAUGUCAAGAAGAAUAAGAUGCCUUAAGGACUAUACAGCACCAGAGGAAGACUGCGGUUUCUAAAUCAUAAAUCUCUGUAAUAGUUCAAUAGCCUCUUAUUCAUCUGAAUGCUUUCCGGUCUCGAGAAAACGUCUCUGAGGAUCUUGUAUAAAUGAGUGUAGGAGUGGUUAUGAACAUUAUAUAGUGGCAGUAUUUCUAGUGUCCGAUCAGAUGUUCUGAAGAGGUGUUGAGAGAGAAAAGGUAACAGUCCAAGGUAACAUGACAUGAUAUCUGACAUGAUGUAAUCAUAAUUGUCACUUUGUUUUUCCAAGAGAUGUUGUAUUCUAUAGAUAAAGAGAGUCAGGCCACGCCCUGGACCAAAAGGAGACUGUUUACAUACCACAAUAUGGAAUUUUAACCGCAAGUUUCUGAUGAAUAGGAAAGUUACAGAAGUUAAAUGAUUGCACUUUCAAAGCAGUUACAAAUAUAAUCCAAAUGAUAUUUGUGCCAUUAUCUCAAAGGGGGUAUAAUAGCAAAAUGUUUUAUUUUUGCAACAGAAAUACCUUGCCAUAGCUAGAUAGUUGUUUCAGAUUAGCUGUAGACUUGUAGGUACUGUAGAUUGCCUUCGACAGUUAGAGGAAGCAUUAUGGUGAUGUGUGUGACUUGAACAUGUAAUCUGCAAUUAGGGAGAAAUUAAUUCAGGUGUUCCAGCGGUGUUUCUGUAUAUACAUUUAUACAAGGAAUCUUUAUGUCACCCACACGGGACUUUUCUGCCCCCCCCCCCCAAACAGCGCACUUGACUUAAAGCCAUGAGACAUUUAAAAAUGUAUGACAUCUGUCACCCAAGGCUGGAGGUUGCUUUUUUUAUUGCCACCGGAUAUUUUGGUGACAAUAAAGUAGGCAAGGCUUAUUUUGACAAACGUCAUUUAAGUGUCAUGAAAAUACAUGACAGAUAUCACAGAGCAGCUAAUAUGUACCAUCCAGUUUUGAAGACAGUCUUACACACUGCUUUUAUUUGUACAUUAUGUUCAAUCUGUUUCAAAUGUAUUGGUGUUUUUACUGCAUGAAUUUGCAUUUACACACUGAUAAAUUUUAACUUUUAUCUUGGGCAUUUCAUUUUUACAUGAGAUAGAAAUAUGAAACAUAUAUUGCAGCUUAGCAUUAAAUAAAAUAUGUUGAACUGCCCAUCCCUACUGUUUCUGUGAUUUUA